AACACAAAAUCUAUAUUUUUUUGUUUUUCUUUCUCUUGCUGUUUUGUGAGAGAAAUCGAUUUUUUUUUUUUCCCGGUCCGAGUCAACCCGAGUCGGCGCUGAUCGGGUCCGAUCAAUCUGCACCGUCCGAUCGAUCUCGCUGUCAAUGAGGGUUAGUGAUUUGGUGGGGUCGGAGUCAGAGUUGGGAUUGGGAGCUUUGAUUAUUGUUGGUGGUGUUUGCGAAGAGAUUUGGUGAUGUUGGACUUUAGGGAGGAGGAGGGAGGGCUAGGGUUUUGGGGCUAGGGUUAGGGUUAGGGUUAGGGUUAGGGUUUGGUGGUGGUGGAGGAGAUGGAAGAGAAUAAUACAGAGCUUGAAGAAGGCGAGGCUUCGUAUUACAACAACAAUAACAUUGACCCUGACAUCGAUCUCACCUGUCUGUCUUACAUUGAUGAGAAGCUUCAAAAUGUUCUUGGCCACUUUCAAAAAGAAUUUGAAGGCGGGGUGUCUGCUGAGAAUUUGGGGGCGAAAUUUGGAGGGUACGGUUCAUUUUUACCUACCUAUGAACGCUCUCCUUCUGUUUGGUCUCAUCCAAAGACUCCACAAAGAAACCACAAUCAGCCUAGAUCUCCUAACAAUUUACCCAUUGAGGGUGCCUCUCAGAAUUUGAAAGCUCCCUCUACUACUACCCCAUCUUUGAAAAUUGGGACUUCUUCCUGCGGGGCCCACAUGUUGCACAAUUCAACCGUUCCUUCAGCAGAUGCUUCCAUCAAGCAAAUCCAAGUUGCUGUUAAGAGUACCUUGAAGGAUGAAGUUUCAAGCAGAUCAGAGCCAUCAGGCAAUCUGACUGACCAAAGAACACUGAAGGUUCGAAUAAAAAUGGGUUGUGACAACUCGGAACGGAAGAAUGCAGCAAUUUAUAGUGGUCUUGGACUUGAUGACUCCCCAUCUUCAUCACCAGAAGACAGCCCAGUGGACAGUCAAGGGACAUCACCCAUUUCUCAAGAGACCACUGAUAGGUCUCCCACUAGCAUUAUUCAGGUUAUGACUUCCUUCCCCAUCCCUGGCGGUAGACUGAUAUCACCUCUUAAUGACAGUCUGCUUUAUUUGAUGAGAAAGGAAAAACAUUCUAGUGUCAGUAAACCCUUGCCAUCCCUCAGUGGUCAUCAAGAGCACUCUGCCAUGUUAGUAGAUGAGUCAGCAUCAAUGAUGGAAAAUGGGAAAUUGUUAAAGGCAAAGAAAACGAAACUUGUGGGGAAAAAGGAUAGGCGGGUAGAAUUGAAGCAUGGGAAUGGUGCAGAUUCUGAGAAUGACCUGACAUUACAAGGGAAGAAAAUAUCAGUAAAUGAAACCACAGAAGGCAAGGAAUUUAUGUCUGGUGACUUGAAAUGCACACCAGUUUCCAAGUUGGUAUGUGAUGCUCGCAACUCUAUAAAAGAUGCUGGUGGGGCAUCUGAAGUUUUCAGGGAAGGCUGCAACGAUGGUGGGAAAGGUAGAUUACUUUCCUCUGAAAUAGUGAAAGAGGAGUCUUCGGAAUCAGUAUCAGGCCAAGACUGUGGUAAGAGUGAUAAGAGAAAUCCUAGGAAUAUUUUAGUGGAAAAUGUCAGUGAAAACAUAGCUGUAAACUCCCACAAGGAUGUUUUAACUGAGUGCAAGGACAAUGGCAAUGGUCAGAAAACUUCUUCCUCCCUAAAAGGCUACUCUGAUGAGUCCAAAUGUAAGGAAGAUCUAAAUCCUCAAAAAGAGAAGGUUGGUUGGAAAGCUACAUCUUAUGAAGAUGAUGAAACAAAUGUUCCUUGUAAACUGGAAAAGCCGUCCUUUGAGCGCAAAAAUAAGUCAAAGGGGACACAAAAUAAUGGCAAGGCAGUCGCUGUUUCAACAAAUGAAAGCUCGAGGUUUGGUGCAACUGCAGAACCAAAUGAUAAGAAGAGUACUAGUUAUGUUGUUACUGACAGUAAUAGUAAAACUCAAAAAAUAAAGCCACAGAAGGAGAAUAAAGGCAGAGAUGAUCGUAGAGAGUCAUUGUUGGUAACAAACUUGGAACAGAAAGAUAAUCAAAUGGAUCCACUGGGGAGGCCUUCUGAGGAUAGGCUGAAGGAUGCUAACCUUGGUGCUGUUGAAAUGCAAAGGAAUGCAUUCAUGGAUAAACCAAAGGGAAGAUUAAGUGGUAAGAAAGUUGAUAAGAAGUCAAUAUCAGGGGCUUCUAUAAAAGAUGCUACAAUUGCAUGUCCUCCUAUUAUGGAAAAUGGACUCGGUUCUGAGAUGGCACCUCCAAUGGCAGCUCCUGUAGUUAUAGAAGAAGAUUGGGUACAGUGUGACCGUUGUCAGACAUGGAGGCUUCUACCCAUUGGUACAAAGCCAGACCAACUCCCUGAUAAAUGGUUGUGUAGCAUGCUAAAUUGGCUGCCUGGUAUGAAUCGUUGUGACAUCAGUGAGGAUGAGACAACGAAAGCCCUUCGUGCAUUGUAUCAAUUACCGGUUCCUGAGAGUCAGAAUAACCCACAAAAUCAUGUCAGUGGAACUGCAGUGGGGGUAUCCUCAGGCAAUGUCCAACAUCUUGAUCAGAAUCACCUGAAUUCCAGUUCCCAUGACAUUUUUAAUCGAGGAAAGAAGAAACAUAGUUCUAAGGAAAUAGCAAAUGCAGGAACCAGUGGUGGCCCCUUUCAGAUCUCUAAUUCUACAAAGAAACAGCUACAAGAAUCUGCAAAAAGCAGGAGCUUAAAUGACAUGAACCAGCGUCAUGCAGAAUCAAUUCCAAUGAAGAAAUCUAGUUCUCAACAUUUGAGUAGAUUACACAACUUGGUUGUGGAAAAGGACAUGCCUAAUAUAAAAAGCUCAAUUAAUGGAGGUGAUGCAAAACAAAUAAAAAUGAAAAGCAAGAGAGAGGCUGAUGAACAUGGACGUGGAACCUCUAAGAAGUCCAAGACAGAGGAUUUGUACUAUUCUGAUAAGCAUCAGACUUCUGAAAUGGACCUUGUGAGGGUGCGUAUCAGUUCAAGUGCUGUUUUGCCAACUAAGGGAAGUGGGAAGGAUAUGCGAAAAUAUGAUGAAUACUGUUUAUCUGAGGACUCAAAAUUUGAUGUAAAGGACAAGGUAAUAGUUUCUGUUAAGAAACUGGGAGACCAAGCUCAGAUCAUGUCAGAUGGGGGGUCCUUGGAUAUGAGAAAGUUUAGUACAAAGGAUGGUUCUUUGAAGAAAAGGAAAUCAAAUAACUGGGAGGAUAACAAGAGUCAGGUCGAGAUGUUUCAAAAUACUGCGCAUGAUGGUGGGGUAUACGAGAAAGAGGAAAGUAGUGAAAGUGGAUUCAGGAAGCAAAAGAAGUUCAGGGAUUCAAAGACCGAGCUGAAGGAGUCCAGCACUAAUGAUGAUGAUGAUAAGUCAAAUAAAAGAGGUAGGCUGUCAAAGAUUAUCUUGUCCAGCAGAGAUCAUCCCGUUGACAGCAUGGAAGAAGUCAGGAGAAAUGACGAGCAACAACCCAGGAAACAUAAAAAGAAGAUUUCAUCUAAACAGAAUGUGGAUGUUGUAGAUUCACUGAGAAGAGAUUUGGUAUCUGGUACAGCAACCUCAAGCUCUUCAAAGGUUUCAGGAUCCCGUAAAACUAGGGCCAACAUUGAAGAAGUGAAAGGUUCACCAGUGGAAUCUGUUUCGUCUUCUCCUUUGAAGGCCUCUAAUUUAGACAAGUUUACAUUGGUGGGAGGAAACAUUGUAGAGAAAGGUGAUACUAUGACUAGUGAUCUCCCUGUGAUGGAUGAUUCUAGAAGAUGCAACAUUAAUGCUGAGGUUAAUUUGUCUGGGACAGUGAUUCAUCCUAAAUCUCGUAAAUUUUCUACACAAGCGUAUGGUACAGAUGGAGAUGCUAGUCACAAAUUCGGUGUUAAAUUAAAACCUUCUUCUGAAGUUGGGAAUACCCAUAUGCUUAAUGGUGAUGUUUACAGUGUUGUGCAAAAUGUCCAGUUCCCUGGCGAUCUGCAUGUCCAAGAACAUAUCUAUGAUGAAGAUAGAGUUAAGAAGAACCACCAUGAACAUGCUGUUCUGCAAAAAUCUGGUAAGGAUAGCUCUUUGGAAUCUAGGGACAAGAGCAGAAGAUCCAAGUCUGAGUUUGAUAGAGAUACAAUGAACAUUUCUGAUCCAGUUAAUAAGUAUACAAAGAAGAACCAGAGCACUGACUCAGAGAUUGACCCUAAUCUCCGAGUUCCUGGUCAUGAAAUAGUGGCCGAUGCUAAACACAGUUUUCCUAAGAAUUCUAGCAUUAGAUUCAGCAAGGAAGAGAAGAAUCAUGCCAGUAGGGCGGAUCCUGUGGGACAAUGGUCAAGUGAGAGUCGAAAGGAAAGCAAGUUAAAGCAAAAAGAGCACGAUGAUUCAGAUAUGAAAUUGGGUGCUCCAAGUAGCAGAAAUGGGAAGCUUGGUCCCCAGCAGAGCCUGAUUCAAGAUUUUGAGGGUGAAAAUAAAGCUAAUCUAAUACAAAUAGAGCCAAGAAAUGGGAAAUUAAAGUUGUUCUCACGUUCUGAUGGUGAAGGUAAACAAGAAAAAGUAUCCAUUGGUUGUGGACCUGGACUAGGGCACCAGAAAGGAGGUGUGCUAGAUGGACGUCCUAUUGAUGCACCUAGUGAUGUGUCAAAGGCAUUAAAACAUUCUGGGAAUGGGAAUGUUGAUAAAACCAAUGGAGUUAACAACAGUUUGCGGCAUGUUGUAACUGAAAGACAAGGGGUCAGAGAUCUCAAUGCUUCAAGUCCUGUGAGAACAAUUUCCUCCAGCCAGAUUGCUAGCAAUACCCUGAAAGGAGCCAAAGAUCUUAGAGACACUGCAGAUCGUCUUAAGAGCUCUUGCUUUGUUUUCGAAAGUAAUGAGGCUUAUUUCCAAGCUGCCUUAAAGUAUCUUCAUGGAGCUUCACUUACAGAAACUUGUGGUAGCGAUAGUGGUAGACAUGGGGAGAUGACUCCAAUUCAAGCGUAUGGCACUGCAGCUAAAUUGUGCGAGCACUGUGCUCAUGAAUAUGAAAGUCGCCAAGAGAUGGCAGCUGCUGCUUUGGCCUUCAAAUGCUUGGAGGUGGCAUACAUGAGGGUGGUUUAUUGCAAAAAUUCUAGUACAAAUAGAGAUCGGCAUGAGUUGCAAGCAACUUUACAGGUGGUUCCUCAAGGUGAAUCUCCAUCAUCUUCUGCUUCAGAUGUCGAUAACUUAAACAAUCAAGCAACAGUGGAUAAGGGUAAUUUAUCCAAGGGUACUGGUUAUAAUGUUGCUGGAAACCAGGUCAUUGUUUCUCGAAACCGCCCUAAUUUUGUUCGUCUACUUGACUUUACACAGGAUGUAAAUUUUGCAAUGGAGGCCUCUAGAAAAUCCCAGAAUGCUUUUGCAGCUGCCAAUGUAAUCCUAGAAGAGGCACAAAAUAAGGAUUGUGUUACUUCUGUUAAGAGGGUCAUUGAUUUCAGCUUCCAAGAUGUAGAGGAACUAAUACGUCUGGUUCGGCUUGCAAUGGAGGCCAUAAGUCGUUCAGAUUUCAGUGGUGCUAGAGACUAAGUCAACCCUGUACAUAUAAUGUUUAUUUUUUCUUCCAGUUUUGUUUCCCCUAGUGAGCAGGCAUCAGGAAAAGAAAUGGGUAAAAGAUGCCUACAUAGACCUGCCCAUGGAAACCUGCAAAGAAGCAGGUCCCCGAGAGUUCGUUACCCCUCUGUACAUGUGUACAAAGUGAGAUUGAUUAGCAAAUUUUGUAAUGUAUUUUUGAAUGUUCAGCUAGUUCUUGACAUGGAUAAGGGCAAGGCAUGCUCACCCCUAAGUUUCAAGGGUUGGGAAAAGAGGCAUGGAACUCUUGUUCGGCAACACAAUUCAGAGUUUAUGUAUUAGUUCAGUUAUAUAUAUUCUUUUGGCUCCAUUGAUUCGGGGUUUGAGGGUAAAAUAUUUGUAGAGAUUGGAAACGGUUUAGGCAACCAUUCCAAGAGCAACCAUUUUGAGAAGGCUGAAUACUGAUAUAGUGAUGCUGGUCAAUUUUCUGUCUAAGUACUCCCCCUCCCCUCACCUUCCCUUUUCUUUUUAUCAUUUAUCAAAAUUUGAUGGAAUGGAAAUCCAAGUUUUUGUGGAGGGUUUCCUAUAUUGUUUGCAGAAUUGUCAUGCAUGCACCUUGUUUUAACUGACCCUGCUGGCUUUCCUUGUUAAAGAAAUAGUAUGAGUCUGCAGGUCUUACUUUUAGGGCCUCCUUCUGCUGCUGUUGGGAUCUGGGUGUUCACCACAUGUGAAUUAAUUACCUUGACCAAGGAAGGGGUAUUGGUUUGUCAUUGCAUCUGUUGAGUAGAUUAAUGCUUGGAUAAGGAGACAAAAUUUUGUAUUUCUUAAGCAGUUUUGCUGCAUAGAUAUGUAAGAGGUGUCAUUACAUUACAAAUUCUGUGAUUAAGGAGAUGGGAAAUGGAACAAUGAUGGUGGAAGUAUAUGAACUGAUAUGGCUGGAUAUAAGUGGGUUACACUAUUUCUAUUUUAUUUUCAAUUUGUAUUACUAGAAAAGCAAACAUAUCUAUGUUUAGAUGUUUCUUCCAUGAUAACUGUGCUUCAGCUUUUGCCUUUGUAGUGACCAAUUCUUGUCUCACAUUGUUCUCUCUCUCUCUCUCUCUCUCUCAUGUUACUUGUUUUUUGUUAAGAAAAUUAAACUGAUUCUUCCACUUGUAGAAAAGCAGAACCUCCGGGAUUUUGGUAGUGGUGGUACUUGGUAGUCAGAUUUUGCUUGUCUUUGUUAUUGCUCUUUUCUCUUAUUUGGACUAGCAAGUACUUAUCUAGGAAAAAAAACGGACUAGCAAGUAUCUGCAAUAUUUUGGAGGUGGUCAUUCAGUUUCUUGCUUUUAUUGUUACUAGUGUGGACAUUGUAUCUCAUAUUCAUAAUUUUCUGAACCAAGGGAAGGAUUGCCAAUUUUUUGAUUAAGGUCUUGGAGUUGGAGGAGAUCAUGAUUUUUUCGUCUCAAAUAUUGCGAAUAGAUCUGUCCUGUGGCAAUGGGAGUAUCGAUGCUUCCGUAUUAGCUGGUAGCUCAGCGGAAUCUAUGUAAUGAAUAUGAUUGUUAAAGAAGCAGGAUGUUUGGGUAGGUGAAUGGGGCAUUGACUUGAUGGCAGGCAGCUGCAAGCACAGACACUGAUGAAUGGCAUUCACAUAGACUCUAUUCCUAUUUCCAUUCUUCUCCCCCCUAAAUUUUUGUAUUAUUCUUUUCAGUAUAGAUUGUAAUAAAAGUGCAUGGUUGAUAUCCAUUGAUGUUCUCAGAAUGAGAUGCACACAAACCGUUGUUCUUGUAGCUUACAUAAUAAAGAAUCAGGCAUUUUGGUCACUACA